UGCAGCAAAAGAGUAGAAAAUCGUAGUUGAUUUUGAAGUCGAGAGUCGUGUCGUUUCGUAGUGCUCCGUUCAACUUUAUGUGCUACUCUUCUUUUUUUGUUUUCAAUGUAAUUAAAAUUUGUCAGAGAAAUGAAGUGAGGCUUUUAUUCGACCUAAAAAAGGAUAUUAAUCAUACAAAAAGAUUUGAUUUGCGUAACGAGUGUUGAAGUGAUUUUCUAAUUCUUUGGUAGGGGUUCCGAUAACUUGGUUUUCAUUUCGAAAGAAUUCAGUAAUAUUUUUGUUCUUCAUUCUCGCUGUGCAUUCGAUUGCAAAACCUGUCACCUGAAGUUAUCCUUAGCAAGAAAAAUUCAACAUAAUUUAUGUUUCUAUCGUAAUAAAAUUGCUGCUGUUGAACGGACGUUUUCUUAUUGCAACCCGGAAUAAUUUCAUUAUAGUAGACAAGUUUUUCAGUCAUAGUAGGUCGCAACAGAAAGGCGCACAGUCUCGACACAUUGGUUUCCUAGGCGAAGAGGAGUGGCUUCUUUGAAAAGCGAUAGAAAGUUUCGAAAAAGGACGAGUCGUUGGAAGAUGUCAUUUGUGUCGAAGGGAAGAUUGUUUUGAAUGACAGUGCAGUGUCCAAUCAUCGGCGUAUGAUAACUGGUAGAAUCAUCGGCGGUUACAGUGCCUACUUUGUUUGGAUACCCGAUCGAUACGGCAACGGCUAGCUGUCUGUGAUAAGCAUUAAAUGUAAGAACAGAAAGGACACUGGAUUUAAUCUCGAACGAAAAUAAUUAUUCUGGAAGAGGCUCAUCCUGUCGAAGAGACGAGUGGUCUCCGCCGAUCAUUCAAUUGAUCAGUCCAGGUCAUGGUGAUUAUAAAUAAUAGAGAUGAUUACUUAUCCUUCCUGAAAGCGCCAGGAGUAAGAAUGCAAACUCCUGUAGUAAGCAACAACAAUUCCACGACGACGACUCUGAUUCGUGACACGGUGAUCCAACAGCAACAACAACAACAGCAGCAGCAGAACUGCACACUAAAUAACAAUAACACGUUGCUGAACAGUAAUACCGCGAACCUAGGCAACAGCAACGGCAACGGUGUGAAUAUUUCGAACAUUAAUAACAACAACGGACUGCCAGGACUGGCGAAGGCGGUACUCAUCUGUCGGCAAAAUUCACACCCGUUUAAUAAUCGAACACUCUUACUUGAGCCACAUCAGGAGGUAAAGGUCGGUCGAUCAGUAGCUAGGAAUCGGGUGUCUGAGAAUAAUGCAAUUUUCGAUUGCAAAGUGUUAUCACGAAACCACGCCGUACUGUGGUACAGUGAUGGCAAGUUCUUCAUCAAGGACACCGGAAGCAGUAAUGGCACCUUCAUCAAUAAUGUCCGUCUCAGUCAAACAAGUACCGAAUCGGAACCGUAUGAGGUCAGCUCAGGAGACAUUGUGCAGUUUGGUGUCGACGUUAUGGAGAAUACGCGUCGUGAAACGCAUGGCUGUAUAGUAGCAACACUGAAACUGUUUCUUCCGGAUGGCCGGGAAACUAAGGCAAGCCAAUCGAUCGGCGUUGGUGGCCAGAGUACGAAAAUACCUCCGGUAGAUCUGUAUCGACUUAACCAAUACAUUCAGGAAGCGAAUCAGCGUGAGCAGAUUCUAGAAACGAAGCUGACCAGCCUGCAGAAAAUGGUUGAGGUGACAAAACAAAACUCCGCUCUCGGGUGGCAAGCAAUGAUCGACGAAGAUAGGCUACUCAGUCGAAUCGAUAUGCUGGAGAAAAAAUUGCAAUACUUCCAGAAAAGCAUAACUGACGAUAAACUGCGGGAGGAAGUGCUAAAGUUGCAGGACGAGAAAAAUCAGUAUCAAAGUUCGGCUAAGGAAGCGCUCUGGAAAGUGCAUCAGGAACGACUAGAUGCCACUCAUAAGCUGGCAACGAUUGAGAAGGCCUUGUGUAGCAGUGAGGACGAAUGUUCGCUUCUGCGGGAACAAUUGAACAAGACACAGCUGCAGUUGCAGGAAGUAACGGGCAGAUUGGAUGCAUUGCAGGGCCAGUACGAUGAGAAAGUUUCUUCUAGUGAGGAGAUGCUCAAAGCGAAAGAAUCGGAAGUAUCUAGUUUGAGUCACGAAAUUAACGUGUUGCAGGAGAAACUCAGCUUUUAUGCGUUUUACGCGUCUGAUGAGGAUGAUCAACAACCACAACAGGAGUACAAUAAUUCAGCUGUCUCUGAUUGGCUGCUAAAAUCUGAUAUUAAGAAACUCGAAGGAUCUGAUGAUAUUAUUAAGGCCAUUUGUAAUGAUGUUGAACCCGAGGCUCACAUCGAUGAGCAGGAAACUAGUCUAGAAGAUGGUGUAAUGCAACUACAAAAACGAAUUCUUACGCUAGAAAGAAAUCUCUCUAUCUUUAUGGAAAAGGAUAAUAAAACAGCGAGUGAAUAUAAUGAGUCAAACGACAAUGCGAGUGUUACAUCAUCAUCGACAACAGGUAUGACGACUAUCCAUUCUGGGGGUUUAACGAGCUCAAAUGAUAAUGGACCAGUGGUUUUACCAAUGGAAGCAAUGGUCAACAGCGGCGAGGAGUGCGACGGCAAUCAGAAUAUAAACAGCACUAGCAACAACGACGACAACAUACACGACUCACAGCAACUGCCACCGUCCGCAACCGAAACUAAUGCAAUCGUGACGAUGACCACCACAGCAUCGAUAAAGGAGCAACAGCAAUUGAAACGCCUCUCCGGAGGAAUGAAGAUAUCAGGCGAAUUGAAUCAAAAUGUACUUCGAAGAAAUCUCAAACACAUCAAAAGCGAAUGUGCAUUGCUAUUACGGCAAAUUUGUAAAUUCAAGGAAGAGGAUAGGAAAAAUGAAAAUAACAUAGUGGCCAAAGUUAAAUACGAUGAAAUGGAAAGCGAGCUUCGGACACUUAAGCAAGAACUGGCUUCUCGUCCACAGCAGGAAGAAUUGGCAAAGAAGCAACAGCACUGCGAGAGCCUUACGGAGGAUUUAGCUUUACUGCGGAUUGAAGCGGAAGAGCUUAGGGCUUUGAAUGAUCGUUGUCAUGGCGAAAUGGACCGUAUGGAGAAGGAACUGCUGAAACAGAAAAAUAAUGAAAAUGAAAAAAUGAGUGCAAUUCCUGCGCAUCAUAAGCAGGAUUUAACAACGGCAGCACCAGUUCUGAAAGAAGACGCCGUGGGGAAAAAUCAAAGAAUUCCACAGGAUGACGGGUCCAUGGAGGGAGGAGUCCACAAGAAAAUUGAAGUCGUUAAUAUUGGAACGCAAACCGAAAUAGAAGAGAAAAAGGCUGUUGUUGUUGACUUGAGCGAAAACGAUGCGUCGAUAAGCUCAUAUUUCGAUGAGUUGGAUGAUGAUUAUAAUGAGGAAGAAGACGACGAAAAAACCGAAACGAUAGAUACAACAGAGAUAUUUAUUGGUCAAAGACUGCUAACUGACACUCAGACUAGCAUAAACAGCAGCAGUUCAGGAAUGAAUUAUCUUGAAACCUGCAAUAGCCAGGAAAUCAACAAUUCUUACACUAGCAAUACAAGCUUAAAUUGCAAUGAAUCGACAAGUACGCUAUUCGAAGUUAAAAAAUCCCAUGGCAGUGUGACUGGUGAACCAAACGGAGCAUUAAUGGAUCGGGUGGGAGACUCAUUGUUGGAAAGUAGCAUUGAGCACGAGCUGGAACUCAUUAACCAUCCGGAUGUACAGCGAGAGGAAGAACUAAUUGCAUUCAAAGAGAAGUAUACUCAUCUCACCCAGGAGAAUAUUCGGCUGAACAAGCAGUUGCAAAAACUGAACGACGAUUUCAGCCAAUUCAAAAGCAAAUCGUUCAUGAAGCUUCUAAUGUACAUAGCACCCGUCAUUGUUAUCGUUGGUUAUAUAAUGUUUAAUUGUGAAUCGUAAAGGCACUGAGAUUUUGAGUUUAGUUCAGUUACAGAGAUUAGAGAAUUUUAUGAAAUAUUUAUUUGGAACCCAGCUAAAAGCAGACCAGCAUGAUUUGUUUCUGUUAGCUCAUUAUUCUUCCAUCUGGAAAAUGAUUAUAACUAUAGAAUAUUUUUUUCUCAUCUACUCUUUUUGGCGAUAGCUUUAAAUUAUUGGUUUUCCUCUCUUUCGUGUCUUUAGCUAAUAUGUAUUUAUUAUCAAUGAGAAUGAGGAACGUUACUAAUAGUAAUAUAACGAAAUCCAGCAUGAAUAGGGAUUCAACCAGACAAAAACACGAUAGAAGAAAUUAACGAAGAACAUUAUCUUUCCUUCAUCUCUGUAUAUGGGUAAUAUAUUAAUCAUACUAUAUCAAAACAACAAUCACUCUCUUUAUAUAUUAUUCAACAUAAUUUCCCGCCAAAAACAAACACAUUUUCAAUCAUAUCCUAUGCAUUAUAAUACCCUUCGUGAACUGGUCAAGAAAAUAUGUUGGAAAAGACUUUUAUACACAUUAUUUGGAUGUGCUCUCAAAUCUCGAAAUACAUAACAAAUUUACGUACACUGGAAGUACUUAUUUAACAGAACUUUCGAAUGAUGCAUCAUUUCAAUUAAAUUGAAGAAUUCCAGUAGAUCUUCAGAAAAUGAAAAUGCUUGAGAAUGUUUCUAUCGUAAAGAUGAAAAAAGUUUCUAUUGACAUGUAAAUUACCUAGUUAUGUAAAAACUUUUGCGCAUGGCCGAGUCGAGAAACACAUAUGGAACUAAUAAAAUGACAACAAGUUCAGCAAGCAUUACAAGAGUACAAAUACGAAUAAGCAGAGAAAAUGAGAUGUUUUUUUAAUUUUGUGACAGAACACUAAGUCACAACAAAAUUAAAAAAUACGUGCGACGCCUUUCUAAGGCACAAUUUCAGACCAUGACUUUCAAAAUAAGUUGAUAAUUUUGCUUUGACAGAUUGUUUGUUUUACCCGAUAACAACUGACCGAGGGUACUUUAAUCUAGAACAGAAAAGUAUACCAAGAAGUCCAAUUUAUAUUCUCUAAUAGCUCAAUUGAAUACUGUUUAUGGUAUAAAGAAAUGAAAGAUCGGGCAAUUAGUGAGUAUUGUCAUAGUACUUCGGCUCGUAUUGUUCUAUUCAAUGUACGAUUCUAUCAACGAAGUGUAUUUUGAAAGGUUCUCUGCUCUAAAAAAUACCCAUUUGCUAAUAGAAUAGCGACCGCAGUCAACUCUCGACAUGAGUGCUUUAAACAAGUAAAUAAGUCAUUCAUUCGCGUCACAGUCGAAAAAUUUAAACGAUGCUUGGAAUUCUGAAAUAAACCUUGUACAUUUAUAGGAACCGUAUAUUUCAUGAUGACCAGUAGUGUAACUAAAAGAGUCGCACCUGUGAAUAAAUAGAUAAAAUAAA